UGUCAGGAUCAGCAGCAGAGAGCUACGGACACACUUUCUGAAUAUAUUAUCUUGUUAUUUAUAACGAUACACUGCCGCGCUGUUGAAUAGUUUAUGUCAUAGUUUUAACGUUCAGAAAUAGCGACGAGGCGUGGAUAUUAGGGUAGCGUUUGAAAAGAAAGAAAGAACGAACGAAAGAGGGGAAAAGACUGACCGCUGGAUUUAAUUUCCAACUGGAAUGCUGUUGUUGAUAGAGAACGGGCGGUGUGUGUGUGUGUGUGUGUGUGUGUGUGUUUGUGUGUGUGUGAAAGAGUGUGUGUUUGCGAGGUAAGUGUGUAGCGGGCUAUGCCUCGUCUCUUUGGUCUCUGGUCCUGGAUCGUGUGAAUUCCCCGGGCUCCAGUUACUAAACUACCCGGCAGACAGCAGCCUCAGUCCGGCCACAGGGAGGGGAACACUAGCUCAUGUAGUCUCUGUUCUUUAUCCUCUCCCCCAUACCCCUCCAUACCCCUCUCUCCGGGCUCAGAGGAAAUGAGGACACAGUGGAUAGCGGAGGAACGAGGAGGAGUUUCAGGUGGGAUUAUAAACUUGUUUUGACUUUUGCUUUGAUCCUGGGGACUUCAGCGUUUUUGGCCUUAGGUUAAAUAAUUAACGCUAACCUUAAAAAAACAAAAAACUAACUACGGAUAAAAGAGGGAAUAUGACCGGUUGUUGAUGAUGACUGCUGACCUCGCGGAGACCGAGUUAACUGCUUUUCGUGACUGAUGUGGGUGGCGCGGCGUGCCGACACUGGACCUAGCUGACACCCCACCGGGACAGAGGUUCUGAUCGGUGAUCAAUAAUCCAGGAGAGUAACGGGAGUACCUGGCCGGUAUGGAGCGGCGCGGGGGCAGUUUGAGCACCGUGACCGUGUUGUGGCUCGUGCUGAUCGAGCUGGUUCUGUCACCUUGUAUGGCAGAGGAAGAAGUGGUAAUGAACACUAAACUAGAGACGUCAGAUCUACGAUGGACCGUUUACCCACACACAGACUCUGAGUGGGAGGAGAUGAGUGGUCUGGAUGAUGAAGGGACCAGCGUGAGAACCUAUCAGCUGUGUCCUGGAGACAGCAGCACCUCUCAUUGGCUUAGGAGCCGGCUGAUCCCCCGAAGGACUGCCUCCGUGCUCUACGUAGAGAUACGGUUUACGAUGAUGGAGUGUUCGUCUCUUCCCUUCAACUCCCACCGGUCCUGUAAAGAGACGUUCAACCUGCACUACUAUCAGACAGACACGGACGAAGCUACCAACACACACCCUGCCUGGAUGGAAAACCCCUAUACUAAGGUGGACACAGUAGCAGCUGACUUCCUGCUUCGUAGGGGCGGAGAGAGGAAGUCCAACGUGAAGACUCUCAGGAUUAGCCGGUUGACCAAAAGGGGCGUGUACCUAGCCUUCCAGGCACAGGGAGUCUGCAUGGCCUUAUUGGCUGUCAGGGUGUAUUUUAAGAAGUGCCCCACCCUGACGCGUUCCUUCUCCCGAUUCCCUGAGACUGUUCCACAUACCUUGGUGGAGGGGGCUCAAGGAGAGUGUGUAGACAACGCCGUGACCCCCCCGGGCGAGCUGGCACGCCCUCCCAGCAUGCUGUGCGGUGAGGACGGACAGUGGGUCGGUCAGCCGGCCACUGCCUGCGCCUGUCGGCCAGGGUAUGAAGCUACAGACACAGACCUCCGAUGCAAAGCUUGUCCAGGUGGUCAGUAUAAGGCAGGGCCAGGAGUCGGUGGGUGUGUCCUGUGUCCGACCAAUAGCAACACUUUGGUAACAGGCUCCGCCUACUGCCUCUGUCGUCCUGGUUACCACAGAGCAGAUUCCGACCCCACACACACACCCUGCACACGCCCCCCCUCAGCGCCCCGCUCCAUUGUAACCCAGAUCAACGACACCAUGGUGACGUUAGAGUGGUCGGAACCUUUGGAACGCGGUGGCCGUGGAGACCUGACCUACAGCGUGGGGUGUGUCCGCUGUGGCGCCUCCCCUCAGAGGGCAUGUCUUCCCUGUGAAGAGGGCGUGUCCUAUCGCCCCAGCCAGCACGGCCUAUCACAGCGCAGGGUGGUCAUCCGCGGGCUCCUCCCACACACCACCUACACCUUCACGGUUCAGUCAGAGAACGGCGUCUCACAGCUCAGCCUAUCGGAACCCUCCGUGGAAAGGGUCAAUAUCACAACCAGCCGAGACGUCCCAGCCCCGGUCUCAGGUAUAAGAAGGACCAAGGCAUCAGAGAACAGUCUGACUCUACAGUGGAACAGUCUCCAAAACACACACUACACUGUCCUGGAGUACCAGCUACGAUACUGCCCCAAGGACGGUCCAGAGUCUGGUCAGUGGCAGUAUGUAACCAGCGUGGUCAGUAGUGUUGUGGUCAGUAACCUCCAGAGGUCUACUAGUUACCAGGUGCAGGUCAGAGCCAGGACCAUGGCUGGAUACAGCAACUUCUCCCCAGCCUCGACCUUCACCACCCUGCCUGACAAGGUAGAGGCCCACUCUCAGCUGAUGGUGACAGGCGUUCUGGUUGCCAUGGGGAUACUCCUCCUUAUUACCGCGGUGAUCAUUGCUGGAUACUGCUACUG